AUGGAAUCUCUCAGCCUUCGGCAACUGCUGCUGAUCGGGAUCUGCCUCCAGCAAGGAGCAGCAGCAGCAGGACCAGCUUGUGGCCAGCAGAGAGUCUAUAGCCGGAUCGUCGGCGGGGUCAAUGCCCUGAGAGGGGAGUGGCCCUGGCAGGCCAGCCUGCAGCUCCGCGGGGAGCACAUGUGUGGAGGGACCCUGAUCGGUGACAAAUGGAUUCUGUCAGCUGCUCACUGCUUCAUCGGGAAAGACACGACCAAGGACCCAUCCGCCUGGAAGGUGGUGCUGGGGCGUCUGCAGCUGAAUGGUGGCCCGUUACAGGGCGUAGUGCGGAACGUGUCCCAGAUCAUCACCCAUGAGCAGUACAAAGACUACACCAAGGGCUUGGACAUCGCCCUGCUGCGGCUGGCUGAGCCUGUCUCCUUCAGCCGUGACUUAGGCCCCAUCUGCCUGCCCUACCCCAACCACCGAUUCGCCUUCGGGUCCCAGUGCUGGGCCACCGGCUGGGGCAGGGUGAAGGAGGACAUGACCCUCCCACCCCCCAAGCCUCUCAAGAAGGUGGAGCUGGACCUGCUCAGUGCAGAGACCUGCAACUGCAUCCACAAUAACCUGCGCCAGAAGGAGCUCUCCAGCCCUGCCGGGCCAGGGCUGAUCUGUGCCGGGUAUCAGAGUGGAGGCCAGGGGCCCUGCCAGGGCGAUUCCGGGGGGCCGGUGGCCUGCUCCGAGAACGGGACGUGGUUCCAGGCUGGGAUCAUGAGCUUCUCAGUGGGCUGCGCCCAGCCCCACAGCCCCAUCCUGCUGACCGAGGUCACAGCCUACACCGGCUGGAUCCAGAACCACACCGGGGGAGCCUCCUUCGCUGUCCAAACUGUGCCGCCCCCCUUCAGCAGCGACCAUGGAAAAUGCAGAGGUUGCGGGAAGCUGAAGGGUCAUGAGCUGAGUGUCACUGCCAAGGGGCCUUGGCCCUGGUACGUGAGCCUGCAAUCCGGGGGGCAGCACGUCUGUGGGGGAACACUCAUCGCCGAGAGCUGGGUGCUGGCGGCCGCUCACUGCUUCAUCGGGCGGCAGGAACCCGCCGACUGGAAGGUGCUCCUGGGUGAGCGGCGGGAGGGGGCAGAGUCACGCUGGCAAGAAGAGAGAGGCCUCCAGAAGCUCAUCCUCCACGCAGCCUACGUGAACAUGACCGAGGGCUCUGACAUCGCGCUGCUGAUGCUCGCCAAGCCAGUGGUGUUUGGGGAGAACAUCUGGGCUGUCUGCCUCCCCUACGACACACACCGAUUCCAGCUUGGCAGCACCUGCUGGGUCCGGGGACGGGAGAAUGCUCGGGCGCCCGCACCGCAGUCGCUACAGGGCGUGGAGGUGGAUCUCAUGGGACCUGUCGCCUGUAACUGCGCCUACAACCAGAGCAGCUCAGCUGGUGAGGCAGUGUCCAUCCUCCCAGACAUGCUUUGUGCUGCUCAACAGGAGGCAAACACCAGCUGUGAGGGCGAUGAUGGGGGACCUCUGAUUUGCAAUGAGAAGGGCACCUGGUUCCUGACUGGCCUCUCCAGCUUUGGCAAUGGCUGCGGGAGGAAGAGACAGCCCGGGGUGUACACAGAAGUUAGAGCAUACGAGAAAUGGAUCAUGGACAUCACGCGGGAUGGUUACUUUGCCAAGCAGCCCAUGCCAGUUCCAGCGGUCGUAGAAGAGGACAGAUGCCCAAUGAAGCCUACUCCAAGUUCCAGUGGAGAGGGGGAAAAGCCAGUGCCAACUACUGGUGGUACCACAAGAGGGGAAGGUUCCAGUGGAGAGGGGGAAAAGCCAGUGCCAACUACUGGUGGCACCACAAGAGGGGAAGGUCCCGGUGGAGAGGGGGGAAAGCCAGUGCCAACCACUGGUACCACAAGAGGGGAAGGUUCCAGUGGAGAGGGGGAAAAGCCAGUGCCAACUACUGGUGGCACCACAAGAGGGGAAGGCCAUCCAGAGCCCAGCUCUGCCUCCACCACCCGUUCUAGUGUGGUACUGGGGGGCACCGAGCUGCAGGGGGUCCCGGUGGAGACGGAGAAAAGCCAGUGCCAACUACUGGUGGUACCACACGUGGGGAAGGUUCCAGUGGAGAGUGGGAAAAGCCAGUGCCACCCGGUGGUGCCACAGAAGAGGAAGGUUCCGGUGGAGAGUGGGAAAAGCCAGUGCCACCCGGUUGUGCCAAACGAGGAGAAGUUUCCAGCAGAAAGGGGCAGAAGUCAGUCCCACCUGGUUGUGCCAAACGAGGGGAAGGUUCCAGUGGCAAGGGGCAGAAGCCAGUGCCACCCGGUGGUGCCAAACGAGGGGAAGGAAAAAAAGUGAAGGGACAUAAAGGAAAGAACCAUGUCUCUUAGCCACCGACCCACAAAAGAGAAUUCUGCUCCCCCCACGCUCCGUCUGUUUGCUUCACCCAAUGGAAGAUUGUCACGUGCUAAUCGGCAGCUCUGUCUAUUUCCUGUGCCGUCCCAGCUGCUGAGAUGUGGAAUCAGGCACGAGAGAAGCCACUCGCCUUCAUUUGUGUUCUGAUCCCUUCCCAGUGGGAUCUCCU